AAUUGAGACAACUCGGAGCUCUGUGGCAGCGCUUGAACGCACCGUGAGUUCGUGCCGGUCAGUCAGCCUCUCUGCUGUAAACAGACGGUGUUCAGACACGGCGCUCAACUCCGGGCGGAACCAACCAGAACCCGGCUAGAGUCCAAGAAACACCAUGCUCUGACUGAGCAUCACACCCACUGUACUUUCUUCAAACUCAAGACAGGAGCAGGUCUUCUCAUAUAUUUACAAUGACCACCCUCAACGACGGUGACAUGCACACCUUUGGCACAGAGCUGCCGGCCAUGUUUGAUGGCAUGAAGCUGGCAGCAGUGGCCACCAUCCUCUACAUCAUUGUCCGCUGUCUGAACCUGAAGAGUCCUACUGCACCACCAGAGAUCAUCUACCAGGACACGCCGCUCAGCCACUACCUGCUCAAAUCCUGCCCAAUGCUGACCAAAGAAUACAUUCCUCCCUUGCUGUGGGGGAAGAGCGGUCAUCUCCAGACGGUCCUGUAUGGCAAGAUGGGACGUGUCAACACUCCUACACCCUGUGGGGUUCGCAAGUUCCUCCCAAUGCAGGACGGGGCCACAGCGACCUUUGACCUAUUCGAAGCUCUUGGAGACCACAGCGCUGGAGAUGACAUUACCAUGGUAAUCUGCCCUGGGAUCGGUAACCAUAGCGAGAAAAACUAUAUUCGGACCUUUGUGGAUUACUCCCAACGGCAGGGCUACCGCUGUGCCGUACUCAACCACCUGGGAGCCCUGCCUAACAUGGAGCUCACCUCGCCACGAAUGUUUACCUACGGGUGUACCUGGGAGUUUGCGGCCAUGGUGGGCUACGUCAAACGUGCUCAUCCCCAGACGCUGCUGGUGGUUGUGGGCUUCAGUCUGGGAGGAAACGUCGUCUGCAAGUUCCUGGGUGAAAACCGAUUAAACCAGGAACGAGUGCUGUGUUGUAUCAGCGUCUGCCAAGGUUACAGCGCCCUAAGGGCCCAGGAAACAUUCCUUCAGUGGGACCAGUGUCGGAGGCUCUACAACUUUGUGUUGGCAGACAACAUGAAGAAGAUCAUCCUGUCACACAGGGACAGUUUGUUGGGCAUGAGCUCCAGUAACAUUAGUGAUGCAGAUCUGAACAGACUGUCUGCAGCUACUUCCCUGAUGCAAAUUGAUGACAGCAUUAUGAGAAAAUUCCACGGUUACAACUCUUUGAGGGAGUACUAUGAGAAGGAGAGCUGUGUGCACUACAUCCACAAAGUCACUGUACCCCUCCUCCUGGUAAACUCCUCAGAUGACCCACUGGUUCAUCAGUCGCUACUGGCUGUUCCACGCACACUUGCAGAGAAGAUGCCCAAUGUGGUAUUUGCCCUGACACAGCACGGAGGACACAUGGGUUUCUUUGAGGGGGCCGUGCUUUUCCCUCAGCCCCUCACCUGGAUGGACAAGGUCAUAAUCGAAUACAGCGACGCCGUCUGCCACUGGGAAAAGAAGCGGUUAGUCUGCCAGAGGAGCAGCCGCCAGCACAUGAACUCCUGCCUGCAGAGCAAAAGGGAAACACUCAGCGGGUAACACAUACAUGGUCGCUCAAGACACACAGGCACAUGCUCAGUCCACUGUAUCUCCUCUACUGCAGCAUGAAUGUCCUUGCUGUUCAGUGAUUCUGGCAAAUGUAGACGGAUUAAAACAGCAGGCUGAAUGGAAGUGAGUAAACCAAUCUGAAAAGUAAAAGUUACUGAGUUAAUAUUAUUUGUGAGUGUAAUGUGACCCCAUGCUGAAUUGUUGCUUCCUCUUUUGUUCUCAUUGAACCUCUGGUAUAAUAGUAAUUUAUGCCAUGCUGACUUUACGCAACAGUUUAAAAUGCUCCUUUAGUUUGAGCAGCAGGGUAAUAGGUCGCGUAGUAUGAGUGUGACCUUUGACCUCUGUUGAAGAGAUUAUCUGUUUAAGAUUUAAGUGCUUUAAUAUGAAUAUGAGUAUCAGUAGCAGAUUUGGGUUUCUGAUACUCUGACAGGUAGUAGUAUAGUCUGAUUUAUGAUUUACAGCAGUUGUUUCCUGAUGCUGUUAUAACAUUUUAAUUGCUUUAGCAUGAACAUACAAAGAGAAUGUCACUGCUUUUUGCAGGAAAAAUCUGGUAAGAACAUGAGGCAUUAUUUUACUCGUUCUGACACACUUCAGUUUUUCACUUGGCAUUUCCAUUCUGUGCAGUGGAGCACCAGGUUUUUUUUAAUAGAGGUUUAGAAUUAUAUAUGAAAGAGACUGAGUCAUCUCUGUAAUAUUCAAGUGAAAUACAGAGAUUUUUUACAAACCAGCUUUAACACUGUGCUGCUCUAGUUCAGCUUGUACCAUUCCAUAAACUGCUCCACAGUGCCUUGAAACAUGCAAAUAAUUUUAGUAGUUAGUGUUAUGAUGCCUAGAUGCCUGAGAGGAGUCGGGGUGUUUUAAUGUACUAAAUGCUGCUGUUUACAUGGGAUAUUGCUGCAGAAGAUGUCACGUCUACAAUCCAGGGGUACUCAGAAAAUGUAACAAAUGACUGAUCAAACUGGGUUGAACUGUGUUUAGAGACACUUUAUUAGAAAUUAGAGAACAAAUAGAGAGUUUGAAAAAUGAGAAAUGCAGUUUUGAACUUCUUUUCAGACUCUCUCCUCGAUCAUUUGCACAAAAAGCCCUGUGUUUUGACUUUGGUUUCACCACAGUAGAGGUGUCAAACAGAAAAUUAGUUUGAAUGGAUAUCAGUUUGUACAUUUUGGGGGUUUGCUUUGAGCUGCUUCUUGCUGGCUACGAGAUACACAUAAAACUAAAUACAUUGAAAAGAGCAGUAAAGCUCCGUGGUGUGUCAUGACACUGUACUAUGAAAAUGCAGUGGACUCUACUCAGUCCUUAUAGCUGAAAGUCGGCACUAUUUUGAUGUCUUAUUAAUUGACAUUUAAAUCAUCAAUUCUAAUACAACUUCUCUCUCUGCCCUUUAUAAAUAGAGUACACCAAGCAGCACCACUACUGCUUUGUCUCAAUGUGCAAUAUGUCGUGAUUGUUUUGCCUGCACCUUACUGUCUGUAUUGUAAUUUAUGGUACUAUAACAUGCAUCAGCAUAUGGGUGUAACUUUUAUAAUCUAACCAUAAAUGUGUUUUGUUCUGGUGCAGUGCAUAGCUUAGACUGAAUAAAUCCUUAAUAAAUCUUUUCCACAAACAUUAA